AUGGCUCUUCCCACGCCCCCUUCUUACACUCCUCUCCAGGACCGUCCUCUCAAGGACACCAUCUGCCUCUUCGAUGUCGAUGGCACCCUCACCCCCGCGCGCCUGGAAGCCUCCCCCGAGGUCCUCUCCAUCCUCCAGAAGCUUCGCUCAAAGUGCGCCAUCGGCUAUGUUGGCGGCUCCGACUUCUCCAAGCAGCAGGAGCAGCUAGGCAAGCCCGCUGGCCAGCCCGUCACCGCCCUCUUCGACUUCUGCUUCUCCGAGAACGGCCUGACUGCCUUCAAGCUUGGCGAGCCCCUCGACUCAAACACCUUCAUCAAGUACAUCGGCGAGGAGCAGUACAAGGAGCUCGCCAACUUUGUCCUGCACUACGUCGCCGAUCUCGACAUCCCCGUCAAGCGCGGUACCUUUAUCGAGUUCCGCAACGGCAUGAUCAAUAUCAGCCCCGUCGGCCGUAACGCCAGCACCCAGGAGCGAAACGACUUCGAGAAGUUCGACAAGGACGCAAAGGUCCGCGAGAAGUUCGUCGCUGUUCUCAAAGAGCGAUUCGGCCACCUCGGCCUUACCUUCUCCAUUGGCGGCCAGAUCUCUUUCGAUGUCUUCCCCACUGGCUGGGACAAGACAUACUGCCUCAAGCACCUCGAGAACGAGGCCAAGAAGCCCGAUGGUAUCGCCUACAAGACCAUCCACUUCUUCGGUGACAAGACCUUCGAGGGCGGCAACGACUACGAGAUCUACACUGACUCCAGAACUACUGGCCACUCCGUUACUGGACCUGAGGACACCUUGCGCAUCCUCAAGGAGCUCUUCGAUCUCUAA